AUGGGUGCCUCUUUUCGGGUGCUAAAAUGUUUUCAUAAAACAUACUUUCUUUCUUUCUUUCUUUUUUCUUUCUUUUUAUCUAUCUAUUUAUCUCAGUCUGUUCAUAUCAGUCCAUAUCUAUCUAUCUAUCUAUCUAUCUAUCUAUCUAUCUAUCUAUCUAUCUCAGACGAUUCAUAUCUAUCUCAGUCUGUUCAUAUCUAUCCAUCUAUCUCAGUCUGUUCAUAUCUAUCUAUCUAUCUAUCUAUCUAUCUAUCUAUCUAUCUAUCUAUCUAUCUCAGAUUAUUCAUAUUUUUAUCUAUCUAUCUAUCUCAGAUUAGUCCAUAUUUUUAUCAGAUUUCAUAUCUAUUAUCUCUGACUAUUCAUAUCUAUCUAUCUAUCUAUCUAUCUAUCAUCUAUCCAUCUAUCUAUUCAUCUAUCUAUAUUCUAUCUAUCUCUGACUAUUCUAUCUAUCUAUCUAUCUAUCUAUUCAUCUAUCUAUCUCAGUCUGUUCAUGUCUAUCUGCCUAUCUCAGUCCAUAUCUAUCUAUCUAGUGUUUCUUCUGUUAGAUUUUCGUCCGGCCCGCGAAGGAUGUUUGUCCAACCCGUGAAGGGUUUUUGUCCGCCUGCGAAGGAUUUUUGUCUGCCCUCGGAGGAUUUUUGUCCAGCCCGAGAAGGAUAUUCGUACGGCCCGUGA